ACCGGGAGGAGACUUUACUGAGUUUUCCGUUAACUUCGCAGUGUGCCAACAUGGAGACCUUUCGGCAGUUUGAUCGAGAUCCAAAUCAUAAGAAUUGGUUAAAAGGCAUAAUGGUGUUAGAAGAUCUCCAAGACUGCCUCAAGCCUUUUAUUGAAGAUGAAACGGAAAAACUACACGAAGACCUGCGCAACAUCUGUGGCCCGCGUCAGUGUGACAACAACUGCAAUCCAAAAUACCAAGGUCCAAAUCAGAAUCCUGUUUUUAAUUGUGAUGUGUGUCCCAACUGGAGAAAGGAAAUACAGAACAAACAUAAGAGUGGAAAGCUGAUGUGGAAGAACAGUGAAGCCCACGAGUGGUCCAGAGAUAAAUGGGCCGUGUCUAAGGUGUACAUGCCAGAUGGUCAUAAGAAGCAUAAUUCAAUUGAUGACUUUGACAUUCAUUCCUUUCUGACUCUCAUCAAUCAAUGCAAGAACUUUCAAAGAUUUGAGCUCGGUGAAUUGUGCAACAAGGUUCUCAACGUCCGAAACCGUAUGAUGCAUUCACCAAGGUACCAGCUGGACCAAGAGGAUUUGUUAGAUUUUCUGGAUCGUAUCAGAGAUCUGGGCGAUCAGCUGUCAAAAAAGAAUUCUGGUUUCAAAAAACUAGCUGAAGACAUCAAUGAGAUUCUGAAUCUUAACUUCAGAUUGGUAGAGACCGAGGAGCUUGAAAGGAUGGAGAAUGCAAUUUAUACUGCUGUUCAAUUGGCCAAUGAAUACCGUGAUAACCAGGACUCCCUCAACGAAGUGGUGGUGAAACUGGAGCAAUGCAUUUCUGAACGUGACAGUCAAAUACUUGUUCUUCGCCAAAGAAACAAAACCCAACAAAAGAAACAUGACUGGGAAAUACAGCGUUUGCAGUCUGCUCUUGUGCAUGAGACCACUGAACAUCGUAAUACCAAGGUGCAGCUGGAGAAUCUGCAUAGAGAACUGCAAGAAGAAAAGAAAAUGCGUUCGGAUGAGCAGAAGUACUGGCCUCGGUGGCGGGAAUUCACUUGGCGUAACUGGGAAAUCCAGAAUGAUCCUGUGAAGUCCUUGAUCAAAAAGGAAGAUCUGGCAGGUGGGCUGUUUGCAGUACUCGGCGGUCUGCUGCUUGCUCUCUUUGCAAUACUGAAGUAAUUCUUGAAAUUCCACAAAGUCUGCUUCUGGUUUAUUCUACUACUACACCUGAUCAGUAGAAAGUAACCAGGAGGGACAAAAUCAUAUAUUUGUGCCUUUAAAAACACAGCAGUAUCUUUUUAUAAGAUUUUCACAAAAAUGAAUUGUUCACUGAACCUACUCUUUACUGAUAUAUGAUGAUGUUGUUUCCUAGUACUAUCAUACAUCUAUCAUCACUUGACAUAAUAAUUUCAGUUUUAUUUUGUUUGGGCUAAUGGCCUGAUCCUGUUUCUUUUCGCUCUGCAAUAUUGCUUGUCAUGAAUAAGGCAUUUGUAAAGAUUGUUUAACUGUGUAAACACUUGAAUUGGCACCAAAUCAAGUCACAGAAGGUUAGAUGGCUCUGGUCUUGAGUAUGUUGGUAGGGGUCAUUGCAUAUUUAUCAGUCUGUUUUCUAAAACUCAUUGACCUCCAUCUUAUGAGUUUAUCCUAGACCGUUUUCAUACAGCCUAAAAAAAUCCAAUUUAGUCUGCACUACAUCCUGAUUGUGUAAUAAGGCAUUAUUUUAUUUUAUGCAACAAUAUAUAUUUUAUCAUGAGAAAAUAAAGAAACUAGUGCACACUGAUGCAUUUGCAGCCUUAAAUUGUACAAAAAACAGAAACAGAAUAAGUCUAAAAGGGACAUUCCAGUCAGCCAUGGAUGAAUACACCAUGGAUUAUGGAGACGGGGCCCCGUUCAUUCCUAUGAAAGUUGGUCAGUCAUUAAUGUUUGACUUCUGUGUAUAAAAAAUCCUGGAUCUUCUGUUGCUCUUCUGCAUCUAUGGGGCCCAUUGAGCAAGCACACAAGAUACUUCUGAUUUAGCACUUUGUCAAAUUGGCUUCAAAGCCCAGUGCUUCUCCUGGUGGCUUGGAUUUUACACAGCAGGAGUAGUACAAGGCAUUGGGAGCUGGCCUUUAAAUGCAUUAAUCACCUAGCGGGCCACCAGAGUCUCUGUGAUCUGUCCUGCCAGAGUCUCAUGUCCUGCGCUAACGUCACAUUUUAAGCUACUGAAAGUAUUUUUACACUAUCAUAAUCAUAGACUGUAUAAAAUAGAUCAUAAUAUAAAGUUAAUUUGCGUUGUGUUGCUGUUGCUCAGCAGAAUUUCUGUCACCCGUCAGUCAGUCAAAACGCCGUCCUUCACCUCUCCGUCCACGUGCAUUCACGCACUGAAUUUACAGAGCUGCCAUCCCCACUACUCCACUUCAAAACAUGACAGAGAAACGUGCCUACCUGUCUUUAUCAGUCCCGUCCCCACAUGAGCGCAUCGCUCUGUAUGUGUGUGUGCGCCCCAAACUAAAGACUAUCAACCUGUACAUGUCAGAGAUCCAAACACACUGCUGCAUUAUGCUGUUCGUAGGCUGUGAGCUAACAUUAGCUUUUAAAGUUGUUUUAAUCACACAAAACUGUGACUAGCUGUUUUGAAUUACUUCCUGUCGCUAAACGCAUGCAACUUUCAAAAUAAGAACACAGUGUGUUAACAGAAUCGACCACAUAAUUUACGAGAA